AUGUCGAAAAUCACAGUCGCCGGAGUGCGUAACAACGUCAGCGAACUGCUUGACUACUCUCUCAACACCAAGAAGAGGAACUUCCUCGAGACCGUCGAACUCCAGAUCGGCCUCAAGAACUAUGAUCCUCAGCGUGACAAGCGUUUCUCUGGCACCAUCAAGCUGCCUGCCAUCCCUCGCCCUAACAUGAGCAUCUGCAUCUUGGGUGACCAGCACGAUCUUGAUCGUGCUAAGCACGGUGGUGUCGACGCUAUGUCUGCUGACGACUUGAAGAAGCUCAACAAGAACAAGAAGCUUAUCAAGAAGCUCGCUCGCAAGUACGAUGCUUUCGUUGCUUCUGAGGCUUUGAUCAAGCAGAUUCCUCGUCUCUUGGGUCCUGGUCUGUCCAAGGCUGGUAAAUUCCCUACCCCUGUCUCCCACGCCGAUGAUCUCACUGGCAAGAUCAACGAAGUCAAGUCUACGAUCAAGUUCCAGCUCAAGAAGGUUCUCUGCAUGGGUGUCGCCGUCGGAAACGUUGGCAUGACCCAGGAUGAGCUAGUCGGCAACAUCAUGUUGGCUAUCAACUACCUUGUUUCGUUGCUGAAGAAGGGCUGGCAGAACGUCGGUAGCUUGACCAUCAAGGCUACCAUGUCUCCCCCUAAGCGCCUUUACUAG